CGCUGGCAAAGUGUGUACACACUGGCCACGAUUAAAUUGUAAGAAACCAACCAACACGACGUCGAAAGUUUCCGUAUAUUUUAAUUUUAUACGCCAAAUUACGGACGAAAAAACACAAUUGAACGAAUAUUCCAAUCAUUUGCAAAUCGCUUAAUUAAACGUGUGGCACAAUGUGCAAAUCGAAAGCACGUCAAAUGAAUUAAACGCGGGUGUACACUCAUUCCCCAUUGUCCAUAAUUUAUACACGAAUUUUGCAACAACAAAAAAACUGAAACAGCGAAUCGAAGAUUAAAAAGCAACCAAAGUUGACAUAACUGCAAACACAUACAAACGCUUGCAAAUACAUAUUACGGAUGUUUGUAUAUAUUCAAAAGUAAAUUAUCGAACAGCGGGAGGAGGAGCACAGCAAGCAAAGAAGGAGAGAAAAUAAGAAAAACAAAAAAACGUAAUUUUGGCAACGAAAGUUGUGUGUGUGCGCGCGCCCCAUUGGAAAACUGCAAGAAGCGGAGAGGAGUGGCACUUUUUGUAACAAAGUGGGAGGCAAAGGCAAGGCGUUGGCGCAGCGCACCAUACCAGAUGUUUGUUGAGAUAAUUGCCCAAUACGAUUCAAAUGCAAAAGAGGAAACCCUUCUUCUUCAACAUUUCUAAAACACUUUGUAUUGCUGGCAUCUUUAAUUGCCCUAAAAGUGUGGACUAGAAAUAGCAUCAACUGCGAAGUUAUACCUUAAACCAAGAGGAAUUUUCUGGACAAGAGCACAACAAAAGGAAACUUUGCAAACGACAAAUAGAAAAGUGUUUUGCGCAUCUGUCAACCCAAUAAUUCAGAAUCUCUAUAGAAAAUCCAAAAACAUAAGUACAGAAAGCAAAAGAUUAAGAAAGAAGAGCCAAACGCUCCUCCUAUGAUACUUAACGAUUGAGUCAUAUCUCGGUAAAUCGUAGAACUAUCAAUACAACUAGUACUACUACUACUACUACUACUACUACUACUACUACUACUACCAACCACCAAGCAACCACAACCGUUCACAACCACCAACCACUCUACUUCUCGUACUCUGCCUAUAACAACUAUCAACCAUACACGGUGUGGGGCUUUCUGUACCGCUGUGCCGCGGCAGCCCCUGUAGCUACCAUGGGCGCCAACGUCUCGCAGCUGGAGCGCGAAAUUGGCUCCGAUCUGUUUCCGCCGAAUGAGCAUUACUUUGGGCUGGUUAACUUUGGGAACACGUGCUACAGCAACUCGGUGCUACAGGCCCUCUACUUCUGCAAGCCCUUUCGCGAGAAAGUGCUCGAAUACAAGGCCAAGAACAAGCGGCCCAAAGAGACGUUGUUGUCGUGCCUCGCCGAUCUCUUCUACAGCAUUGCCACGCAAAAGAAGAAAGUUGGCUCAAUCGCGCCCAAGAAGUUCAUAACGCGAUUACGCAAGGAGAAGGAGGAGUUUGACAAUUACAUGCAACAGGAUGCCCACGAAUUUCUCAACUUUCUGAUCAAUCACAUCAAUGAGAUCAUACUGGCCGAGCGUACAGGAAAGGCGGCAAAUGGCGGAACAGCAGCUGCAGCAGGCAACAGCAGCAACAUCAACGCUGCCACCACAACGAAAUCCAAUUCGAAUUCCAAUUCAUCGCAUUCAACAUCAACCUCGACCUCGAAUUCGACAGCCACCAAUGGAAAUUGCAGCAAUUCGACCGGCUCCUUGAGUGCCACCACAAGUGUCCUCGAUGGCAAUGGCAGCCUUACAGCCACAACCACGCCAAUAACCCAAACGAAUGGCGCCAACACAGAACCUACCUGGGUGCAUGAGAUCUUCCAGGGAAUUCUGACAUCGGAGACUCGUUGCCUCAACUGUGAGACUGUGAGCAGCAAGGAUGAGAACUUCUUUGAUCUACAGGUGGAUGUGGAUCAGAAUACCUCGAUUACGCAUUGCUUGCGUUGCUUCAGCAACACUGAGACGCUCUGUUCGGACAACAAAUUCAAGUGUGACAAUUGUUGCAGCUACCAGGAGGCACAGAAGCGCAUGCGCGUGAAGAAGUUGCCCAUGAUCUUGGCCCUGCAUUUGAAGCGAUUCAAGUAUAUGGAGCAAUUCAAUCGUCACAUCAAGGUGUCGCAUCGCGUUGUCUUUCCGUUGGAAUUGCGGCUCUUUAACACGUCCGAUGAUGCCGUGAAUCCGGAUCGUCUGUAUGAUCUAACCGCCGUGGUUAUUCACUGUGGAUCGGGACCGAAUCGCGGUCAUUAUAUUAGCAUUGUAAAGAGCCAUGGACUGUGGCUGCUGUUCGAUGAUGAUAUGGUCGAUAAAAUUGAGGCAUCAACUAUCGAGGAUUUCUAUGGCCUUACCUCGGACAUACACAAGUCAUCGGAGACUGGCUAUAUACUGUUUUAUCAGUCGCGCGAUUGCGCCGCAUAGAAAGGAAUCUUUUGCUCCACAUAGGUUUUUAAUUUUUAAAGAUUUUUUUUAUAAGUUCUCAAUAUUGUUUGUCAUAUUUCCUAUACAAUUUAACGCAAAAAAUGUUAUGUUAAGCUAAUCAUUUUACGACUAUUACUAUUCAAUAAUAAAUAACGACUAUGAUAA